AUGUCGAAUACUUUUGUUGAGAUUACGCUUGAUAAGAAUUUAUCAAUAUAUGUUUUUAUUCUCCCACAUAAAAAUCCAAGCGUCAAAGUAACUACAGAGCAAAUAUCUGUUGAAAAUUUCGUAAAAAAUGAUUCAUUAACGUUAAAAGCAAUGAAAAUUCCGGUCAAACGUCUUGAAACCAGAGCAUAUGCUAGUAUUCCAUGUAUUUUACUGUUUUAUCUCGUUAAAAAUCCAACUUGUACAAUAGCUUCAUUUGAUUUAUCAAUUUUUGUCGAUUCUCAAUCUAAUGUUUCAAUACACGAACUAUCAUCACAAGCUGUAGAUCAAAAAGAACUCAAAAUUCAGUUCUUUGAACUAACAGGAGCAAACAAUCUCACAUUUCCAAUAGUUUUGAACUCCAAUUCAGAUGGAUUUGUGCAAUUCAAUCUUAAAGGAUCUACGUACGUCGAUAUGAGGAAGAUAAAUAUCUCUAAAAGGUUUGGUUUGGAGUCUGUUCUUCCAUUUUACGUUUCAUCGAAGGUCAGACAUAUAUCAAAGUUCGAUUACAUGCUAGAAUUAGCAGUUACAAACCUUAUGCCGUUUGAUAUUACUGAUAUUUCAUAUACUUUUACAGCAAAUUCGACAACUCCAAAAUAUUUCCCUAAAGCAUUGUUUGCUAACUCUAUCAAAUCUCUUGUCACAAUGAGGAAGAUGAUCCCUAUAUCAGGAACCCCAGCAGAAGCCCAAACAAAGAAAUUUGGAAAAAUUAAAAUUUUCUGGAAAGUUGAUGAAAGCAAGGAAUACUCUUCAGAAAUCCAAGAAGAGCCAGCUGUUGAUGAAUACCAGACAAUUCCAGACUAUUUAAUGAUAUCUGUCAAAUCAUGUCCGAAAGAUGUGUUUGUAAACACUCAAUUUGACUUUGAGAUCGAAAUUAUCAAUGUUUCAACUGAUAAUUUGACGUUUACGGCCCAAUGUGUCAACACAGAAGACGUAGGAACAGUUAAUACGGAACCAAUCCAUUAUUCAGCGGAACUUGGUUACCCAAUAACUAUUAAUUUCUCUGCAAUACCUGUAAGAGAAGGUUUGGUCAAACUUCCUCCAAUUAAAUUCGUUCUUGACAACUCAUCUUCGUUUACAUACACUUCUCCUUCAGGUGUAUUGGUUAGAUCACCUCCAAUAACGCAUAUGUGA